UAAUUUGUGUUUCAACCACAGAACAAGUUUCACUCCUUUACGAUCUAUUACAAUAAUUCAAUUGAAACAGUGUUAACUUUAUCCUUAAUCCAACGAUGAAUUCAUUGAUUUCAGUUUUGUUCAUUUCUAUGAACAUCUUUUUCGUUUCAGCUCAUUUACAAAGACCUGGAAAAUUUCUACCUCAUGAUCGAUCAAUCGUAGACUGUGCUCGAUACAAGAGAGAAGCCAAUCAACACACUUGUGUCCUCGCUCCAUUCACAACUGAAGGUCCAUACUUUUUACCCGAUGAUCUUGAACGAUCUGAUAUCACUGACGGUCAAACUGGAGUCAAUUUGGAUUUGAACCUUAAAUUAACCAACGCUAAAGACUGUUCACCUCUAUCCAACUAUUUUGUCCACGUCUGGCAAGCCAAUGCUUUAGGUCACUAUUCAGGUGUAAAUGAGCUUUUCCCAGUAGGUUUUAGGCCAAAGCCAAUUUCUGGUGAAAGAUUCCUCAGAGGUUACCAGAAAACCAAUGAGGAUGGUGAAGUAAACUUCAAAACAAUCAUUCCUGGUUGGUAUGUUGGUCGUUGUAUUCACAUUCAUGUUGAGGUUUAUGCCAAAAACAAUACAGAUGGUAAUGCCGUCAACUACAUUGGUCAAUUGUAUUUCGAGCGAGAUAUACCUUCAAGUUUGAGACUCGUCGAGCCUUAUUCAACCAACGUUAACGAGAUCACAUUAAACGAUAGUGAUGGAGUUUACUUGUUGACCCAUGGCAAUGACACAUUAAUUGAUUUGGUUCCACAGGAAAGUGGUUUUCGCACAGAUUAUAUUGUAGCAAUUGAUCCAGAUGUAUCAAUCAAAUAUGAUUGGCUUGAUAUAUAAUUUGCUUGUACGAUUCAAUAAGAUAAUUGCAAUAAAAAUUUAAAUUAAGCAUCAAAA